CGGCGUUAACUGCGGGACGACGAAGUGGCUGAAGCGACCGUUGGUGGGGACCCGCGAGUCCCGUCGCCUCUGACGGCGAGUGCUUCCGGUAGUACCGGCUGCGGCCAUUGCAUUCGGCCCUGCUAUGUCCUUCAACAAGAUCCCACCGCGGUGGCUGAACUGCCCGAGGCGCGGACAGCCCGUGGCAGGAAUAUUUUUACCUCUGAAGACAAUGCUAGGACCAAAAUAUGAUGAUCAAGUUGCUGAAGAGUAUCGUUUCCAUCCCUGUAUGUUAUCCAACUAUUUAAAGAGUCUCAAGGUUAAGAUGGGUCUGCUAAUAGACUUGACCAAUACCACUAGGUUCUAUGACAGGAGUGAUAUAGAAAAGGAUGGCAUCACUUAUGUAAAGCUUCAAUGUAAAGGACAUGGAGAGUGUCCCACACCUGAGAACACAGAAACAUUCAUUCGUAUAUGUGAACAUUUUCGUAAUAAGAACCCAACAGAGCUUAUAGGUGUUCACUGUACGCAUGGUUUCAAUCGUACUGGUUUUCUUAUCUGUGCCUUUCUGGUUGAAAAGUUGGAUUGGAGUAUCGAAGCUUCUGUGGCUACUUUUGCUCAAGCCAGGCCACCUGGUAUCUACAAAGGUGACUAUUUGAAAGAACUCUUCCGUCGUUAUGGUGAUGCAGCUGAUGCACCAGCACCACCUCCUUUACCAGAAUGGUGCUUUGAGGAAGAUGAUGAAGAAGGGGAGGAAGAUAACUACAAACUGGGAACUCCAGAAUCAGAAGCUUGCUCAUCAACUUCCUUUUCUGGCAGAAGGAGAAAAGAACACUUGAAACUGGGUGCAGUGUUUUUGGAAGGAAUAUCAGUUAAACGUGUAAUUCAAGUGACAACUCAACCAAAGCUAGGAGAAAUCCAACUUAAAUGCCAACAAUUUUGUGGCUGGAAAGGGACUGGAUUCCCUGGGGCACAACCUGUUUCGAUGGAUGAACAGAAUAUUAAAUUGUUAGAGCAGAAGCCAUAUAAAGUAAGUUGGAAAGCAGAUGGAACUCGAUAUAUGAUGUUAAUUGAUGGCAAGAAUGAAGUUUAUAUGAUUGACAGAGAUAACUCUGUGUUUCAUGUGUCUAAUUUGGAGUUUCCAUUUCGUAAAGAUCCACGUGUGCAUUUAGAAAAUACUCUUUUGGAUGGGGAAAUGAUAAUUGACAAGGUAAAUGGUCAAGUUGUUCCUCGGUACUUGAUAUAUGACAUAAUAAAAUUCAGUGGACAACCAGUUGGAGACUGUGAUUUUAAUAUUCGUCUGUCAUGUAUAGAAAAAGAGAUUAUAUUUCCACGACAUGAUAAAAUGAAGAAUGGUCAAAUUGACAAAGCACAAGAACCUUUUAGUGUUCGUAACAAACCAUUUUUUGACAUCCACGUUGCAAAAAAGCUUCUUGAGGGAAAUUUUGCAAGAGAAGUCUCUCAUGAAGUGGAUGGACUAAUUUUUCAGCCUAUAGGAAAAUACAAGCCUGGACGAUGUGAUGACAUUUUGAAAUGGAAGCCACCCAGUCUAAAUUCAGUAGAUUUUCGUCUAAAAAUAGCAAGAGUUGCUGGAGAAGGGCUUCUCCCACGGAAUGUUGGACUGCUUUAUGUUGGAAGUUUAGAUAGACCUUUUGCAGAAAUUAAGGUAACAAAAGACUUGAAACAAUAUGAUAAUAAGAUAAUAGAAUGCAAGUUUGAAAACAACAGCUGGGUCUUUAUGAGACAAAGGAUAGACAAAAGUUUUCCCAAUGCUUACAAUACAGCGAUGGCUGUAUGCAACAGUAUACAACAUCCAGUGACAAAGGAAUUCCUUUUUGAAUUCAUUGAAAAAUGUAUGGCUGCAACUCCAGGACAACCACGUAAACAUCACCUAGAUCCUGACACUGAACUCAUGCCACCACCACCACCUAAAAGACCACGACUAUCAUAACCUAUCUCUUCAGACCAAGAAAAAGCAGAAUUGUUUAUAAUUCUACAAGAUGAUGUGUAUGGAUUUAAAACGUUUACAGAAAGGUGGUGUAAAUAUCCUGUAAAUACUUAAGUGCAUUUUUUUUGGAAUGCCGCAUCAUGAACUAAGAUUUGUUUUCUACUUGACAAGUUGAACAUUGUUUCUAAAUUUGAAAAAAUACUUAAUCCAAAGGGUUAGAUUAAAAAGGUGUGGAAUCAGUGGAAAGCCAUUGUUUGGUAGGUAACUUUCAAAUUUGAUAUUUUAUACCAGCAAUUUGGAACUGUGAAGCCAUGAUAAAAAUGUCCCCCCCCCUUUUUUUAAAGUGGUGUUUCAGUGAGUAUGUGGUAUUACCUUUACUUAUUAUGACUUUGUUUCAUUUAGUUUAAUUCUUUCUUAGGCUCAUGUUUUAAAAAUAACUGCAAAUGGUAAUGUAAUGUUCUCAUUAAAUAAAAGUUUACCAGGUUUCACUAUUUUUUUUAAAUACAGCCUUUUAUAUUAAAGACGUUACAAGGUCUUAUAUAAAAAUUGUAUUGGAUGUGCACUGAGUGGUUUUUUAGCUUGAACAAAACAUUUGCUGAAUCUGUUUUAGUAUUGGAUUCUGCAUUAAUACUAAACAUAAACAGUCCUUGAUAUAAAAACUAACUCCCAUUUCUGUACAAAUAAAUGCAAGUUAUAUCGAAAGAUGUACAUCAUGUGAGGUUCAUGAAGACUAGCCAUUUUAACAACAUAAUGUUAGUUUCGUAGAAAGAGAUGAUAGAAGAAAAGUUAGAAAAUAUGUUGAUGAUAUAUAAAAUGACAUUUAGUCUCCAUUCCAGGGAGAAUGGCUAUUAGAAAAGUUAAUAGAAAAGGAAACAUUUUCAUGGAGGAAGAUAGAAUCACAAGCCCUUACAUUCAGUUCAGAUGUUCAGUUUUCAAAGCAAGAGUCAGUUUAGUUGAUUGCCAAUAUCAUUCACAAUCUGUGGUUUUAAUUUUCUGGUUUAAAAGAAGGAAUCAUACUUCUGGAUGGUUUAGCUGAGGGAUGACUAUGUUUAUUCUGCCUCUAAAGCAUUUCACUGAUACUGAGGACUAUUACAUGUUUGAAAUAGAGGAAUGUUUGUAAUGGUAAACAUUUUCACAACUUGACUAUAAAAGAAACCAGCUGGCAUUUUAAGAGUACUUAUGUAUGGAUCACAAUUAUUUAAUCAACCUCUAAUCUGAGCAAAUUUGUUUGUUAUAUAGUGAUAGCCAAACAGAAUAUAUUAGAAACAUUUAGUGUUCAUAUUUUUUAAAGUUUAAUAUUUUUCCUGAGUCUAAUAUAUGGAAAUACAGUUUGUGCUUUGUUCAGUGCCCAUUUUGGAGUCUAUCUAUUAAAAUAUUUAUC